AGGUGGUGUGGAGGACAAGAGGAGAGUGACGAAGAAAAGUUAAUAGAGGUUAGGACGGUAAGCGAGAGAGAAGAAGUGGGAGUCAAUGUAGCAGUAGACCGAGACAGAGUUGUGGAGACUCGAACCUACAAUUCUUCAUGCGAGAGGCGAAGGGGAAGGGGCCGUUUCAGUGGGAAGCAGCCACAGUCUACUUGGUAGAGGGGAUGGAAAUUAGUUACGGCAUCUACCAAGACCUAAAAGGAACUCCGUACGCCGUCCGGCUAGGCUAGUGGUAACAUCGUGCAAUGUUACGCGUUAAGGUAUCGGCAGUGCUUUUCCAAGUUUCUUCUUGUGACGGGUUGAUGUGUCGAAAUUAAGUGUGUGAAAACAUUAUGGCGUAUGAAGUAAGCGAAGUGUUCAGUGAUAAGAGUUCUGUGAAAAUGGUAACGGUGAAAAAGCAGCAAAGCCAACAUCCGCGACAGAACGUUAGGAAAACAGUGGGUGUGAUGGGUAGUCGCAGGAUAUUUCCGGCAGCUUUCAAGCUAAAGGUUCUCCAUUCCUACAGGAACGAUAUAGACUGUCGGGGAAAUCAGCGUGCAACGGCGAGGAAAUACGGAAUUCAUAGAAGACAGAUUCAAAAGUGGUUACAGUGUGAGCAUACUCUGCGAAGUAAUUGUGCCGAGUUGGAUGUAAACGCGGGUUCAUUAGUGACGGGAAAUUCUAGUGGAAUUUCAAAAUUAGACGGACCUUUGGUUGAAAGCACAGGGCUCUGUGUUUCUCCAACAUCGCCGGCCUUGAACCUUAGUCUCGCCAGACUGCACGGCGACGAGUUGGCUGUUCAACAGGGGCCCCCACCUCUUCAUCCACCCUCUCGCAAUUCACCCUCCUCGACAGAGUACGGAUUUCACGCGGCCCUUCCUUCACGUGUUACGCCGGUAGGGUACUCGGACUAUCCUAACCCGGAUCAACAACACCACCCUCAAGAACUUGAGGAGAAAAUUCAUCUGCAGAAUGCACAUAAAUUUGCAAGUGGUCGGGUCGAACCAGAAAGAAAAUACUUCGUUACAAACCACCAGAACUACGAGCUCGAUCCUUCAGUUGAAAAUAAUAAUCGAAGCGAGGUGAAGCUGUAUCAACCACCGACGGCUUACCACUCAACUCAGUAUCAUAGAUAUGACAGUAGCGACGCAAACGCAACAAAUGAUCACCAUUUACAUAAUUCCCAACAUCGACAUCGGAAUUACGGAGACUUGGAUUGGCCUGGCGAUGGUGAAGCUACGCGUACGAUGCUAUACGCAUCGGCAGAGAUAAAGGCAGAACGGCCAGACUCUACGGCGACGCCAGGGCCGCACGAGAUAGCGGGAUCGCCCAGUGCUUCGAAGUUCUCCCUCUCCUCUCCGCAACAGAACAUCGUCACCACUACCAACGAAUCGACCGCUAACUUUGAACUAACACGGCAAACGAGUCCCCUCUACCACUCGCAUGUUCGUGAGCACUGCCUGUCGAAUUCCGAAAAGCCGUGCUACCAGGAGGGAGAGAAAAGGGAAUCGAAGAUGGAAGGCGAGAUAGAACUCAAUGUGGUGGUGGAAGAAGUAGAAGAGAAACAUGGGCAGGCGGAGAUGCAAGAGCCGGUGGGCGAGGGAGAGGGUGUGCCGUACACAGACUAUCAACGACCACCUGCUGCUUCAUCCCUGACUAACUUGGGGCCGAUCAGCCCUCUGCAAGAACGAUUGGAAGCAUAUUCCGGACCUUCGAGUCCUCAGGGCUCUGAAAGCUCUGGCAGGUCCAGUAGUAGUUAUUCCGACUGUGAAAUGGAUCCUAUGGAUUACACUUGCCAUCACCAGAACGCAUCGGGUGAUCUCACUCGAAGAAGAUCCUUCUCUCUGCGAUUCAAACUCGACGUUCUCAAUGCCUUUCAACGUGACGUAUCUGUUGCUGGCAAUCAAAGAGCCACUGCCAGGAAAUUUGGAAUAAAUCGUCGCCAGGUUCAAAAAUGGCUUGGGCAGAAAACUGAAAUUCGAAGACGAAUCGACCUUUUAGAUGGUAACUCACGUCAACGAUUGGGCCCUAUCCAGGAAGCAGUACUAGAAGAAUAUCCAGUCGAUCUGACGAUCACCGGUGUGAUUCCCAGUCAGCCAGAGGCUGUACUCGAUGAAUCUUCGCCAAUGCUUUAUUGCUGUGACGCAACUGGAUUUCCCGCAAGGCAAUCGUACUGCCAACUUGGGGUUCGGGAAUCUCCAGAUACAUCCAUUCGAACCUGCAGCUUUUCCUGUUGUGUAGAAAGCACUACUAUGACGUCAAGCACAUCGUGCUAUCAAGACAUUAACUUAAAAAGGGUUUGCUACGCGGAAUCACAGGAAAGCCUUUACUGCUAUUCUCCCAGAGAGCCCAUAGAAAUGAAUGCCUUACCGCUGAAUCAGGAAUUGAUUUCCUCAAAGAUGAAAAUACCAUCUUGCACUUUAUCCUGCUGCUAUCAAGCCUUACCAUCAACCAAGAGAAUGUGCGUAGACACGGAAGAAACCUGCAUUUUCUUCUGCGAAGAACAGCCUGCACAGGACACACCUUUGUGCCUUGUAAAGCCGAAAAAAAUGUGUAAAGCUCCACUUCAAAUCGAGCCCGUCACGAGUACAGUACCAACACCUUUAGCUCCAGUCACUCCUUCCACACCGUCUUCGAAGAAAGACGCUAUCCUCUUCAAGCCUUACCUGGACAAUCCUUUCAGCAAACCUACCGAUGACUCAGUUUAUCGUGAACUUUCACCAGUUGGCAUCAAUAAUAAUAACUGCCAGGGCAUCUGCAAUUUGAACGAGAACAGGGGCCACGACUAUGCCCUCGAACUUAACCUGAGGGUGCCAGUCUCCUGGAGAACGCAUCAGAUCCCUUACUCCGAUUUUCCUCAAGUCAGGAGUGCCUUCGUAAGGUAUCCAACAAAUUAUCACUAUUCCUAGCCUAGCCUUCCACAGUAAAACGAUAUUCGAGUAGCAUAUCAAAAGGCAUAUUUUCAAAAGAAAGUAGUUUUAAAUUCCUACGACCUACGUCUAAGUGUUACAGGAACAAUCGAGAAAGGAUAAAAAUGCAAUUAAAUAUGCAUCUUUCAAUAAAAGAAUAGACCAAUAUACAAGUCAAAUUACUUGAUCUGAACAAGAAAUUAGUAGUGACACGAGUGGUUAGUCCAUCAUCCUCUCUCCAAAUAGCCCGCCAAAGAACAAAACUACUGACUUUGAUUUUUUAAAAACUAAGUAUUUUUUAUUAAAAAUUUGGUCUAAUUUUUUUUGCCUCUUAACUUGUUUCUCAUAGUAAAACUGCUAUCAAAUAGUUUAUUGGUAGAAAGAAAAGGAUGCACGACUAUGGCAUAUUUUCGAAAAUCUUUUUAAUUGUAAUUUUACCACUCAGUCGAGACCAGAAAAGAAAUAACAGCCAAUUUAGUCAUAUCGAAGAAAUUAAUCAAAAUUUUAAUCGUAUAACUGAGAGAAAAUUGAAUUGAAACAAAUUCCGAGAAAUUCCCUGACGAAUUCAAACUAAAUCAAUUUUAAUGAUUCAAUCGAAAUUCAAUGUGGUUGCAGUUCUGAACGUUCAAAUUAUAAUUUAAAUUGCAGUUGAACAAUACUUAUGCGUAAAAUAUAAAUGUCAAAAAAUAUUUCGUUCAUUUGAACGUUCAGAACUUUAGGUACAUCGAAAUUCAAACAAUUUAACAAAAAUGUAGUAAAUUAAAUAGAAUUUCAAGUGCGUUCAAAUGAAUAAUUGUCAUAAAAUUGAAAAUACAUUCAAUUCAAUUAGUUUCAAACAAUUGAAAGUGAACCCUAGUAAACAGAACGUAAUUAAAGGUGAAGUAUUAAUGAAUUUUUUAAUAAAUUGAAAGUGAAAUCAAAAUGAAUUGAUUUUCGUGUAUUAUAAUAAAUUAAACAUAAUUAUGUGACUGAAGUUUGCAACGUUUAUAAACUAAAUUAUAAAAUUUCCAAAAUUUAUUGUAGUGAUUUUGCACCUGGUGACAGGUAAAACAAAAAUUAGUUUAAUACCAACAGUUAUUAAUGGCUGUCUAAGUUUUACACACCUAGGUACUUCGAAAAUUAUAUAGAAAAUAAAUAACCAAAAUUUAUUUUUGUUUAUAAACGUUACAAACUUCAGUUAAGGGGUUAUAUUUAUUAAUUUUAAGAGAUUUUAAGGAUAAUUUUUUUGCCAUGUUAACAAAUUUUUAGUGAAAUGGACUAUAGGGGAUCGAUAAUUACAUAUUUGCAGGUACGUUUUCAUUAAAAAUUUUGAAACCCGGGGGUAAACAUGGCUACUAUCGCAAAAUACUUUUUUUUAUUAUUACUACUUUUUGUGAUCAUGAGAACUCUGAAACGGAUUGUCCGAAAUUUAAAGAACCAACAAGACUUCACUAGUAUAUUCCACUUCGGGUUUUGAUCCAAAAAUAUAACUUUUAAUCCAUAUGAAAAUCUCUAUAUUUACGAACUCCGUAUGGGAAUAUACAAAUGAAAUCUUGUUGGUAUGUUGAAUUAAAAUAAUCCUUUAUAUAAUUUUUUUUAAUGAAAAAGUACCUGCAGACAGGUAGUAAUCGAUCUUCUGUAGUCCAUUUCAAUAAAAUUUUGUCAGCAUGGUUUUAAAAAAUUUGUAAAAUUUCUUUAACAUCAGUAGAUAUGAGCCCUCAAUUCCAGUAAAUUAAAAAGAGUUCAAGGUGAAUUGAAUAUAAUUCGAUGUGAAUUAAAAAUUAAUAAUUUAUCAUGAAAUAACUGUGAAUUUUCAAUAAUCAAUAAACUAAACAGAGUUCAAUAAUUCAACUGAAUGUAUGAAUUAUUUUUCCAGGAAAAAUAUCUGGAUUCAAUAUAAAUUAAUUUUAUUGAAUUAAAAGUGUAUUAAAAUUCAAUUUGACAGAAUUCAAUUCACUUGAGUUUAAAUCAAGGCUAAUUCAACCAAAUUCAAUGUGUUUAUUAAUUUACUUGAUUUCUAAACAAAAUUUAAGUCACGGAUUUCGGUUUGAUAAAAUGGUCACGGGUCUUAAAAUUGUUAUGAUAAACUAAUUUUUGAUUAAUUCCUUUUAUAGUUCAGUGUUGAACUAAAAACACGAUAAUUCAAUUUAUAAUUGCGACAUAAUAUGGAACACACAUCAGUCUCGAUUUUUCCUGAUUAUUUCUCUAUUUUGUACAAGGUUUAAUUUAUGUUUAGGGCACUCCCGUGCCCUGUAAUUAAUAAGUAUAACUGACUUUUAAAAUUUAAGUAUACAAUUCACGAAAACCAGCUGUCUGAAUUGUUACUUGCUACGUAACUUUCAAUGAGUACGGGAUAAUUUAUUGUCAGUGUUGAUAUUCAUAUAUGACUAUUUCGCACGGGCUGAAUUAUUUACGAUGAGUUUUGGGAAAAAUUACGAUACCAACAUCAGAAGCAGGUAACU